AUUCUCUCUUUCUACUCCUGUGGGGAUCCGCACAAUGGCGGAUUAUAGUGGAGCUAUCUCUCUUUCUCAUGCUCGCAACUCCGACGAUGACUCAUCUGAGCACAGCCCUCGAAGUGUCCCAACGCUCUCUGCCUCUGGAGGAGGCAUUGGCUCUUCCAAAUCUAAAACUCCUAGCAACAAAAUUAUUGCACUUGAUCAUCAUCAUCACCACCAUCCUUCGUCAUCCGAGAACACUGCUAGGAAGCCUAGAGGUAGGCCUCCAGGAUCCAAAAACAAGCCCAAACCACCAAUUGUUAUAACCAGAGACAGUGAUUCAGCUAUGAAGCCAGUGAUUCUCGAGAUCUCUGCUGGUUCUGAUAUUAUUGAUACUAUUAUCAGCUUUGCUCGUAGAAACCAUGUUGGUGUUAGCAUUAUCAGUGCUACUGGCUCUGUAUCAAACCUCACGCUCCGCCAUCCUGUUUCUCAUGCUCCAGCACUCUCUCUACAUGGACCCUUUGGCCUACUCUCUUUGUCUGGCUCAUUCUUUGACUCUACUACUUUAUCUUCUUCUAGUAAAACACCCCAAUCAUCUUCAUCAUCAACUUCACCGUCUCCUUGUUCGUUGCCUUCUCCUCGGUCUUCUUUUUUUGGUGUAACUCUUGCAGGGGCACAAGGGCAAGUGUUUGGAGGGAUAGUUGGAGGGAAAGUAAUGGCAGCAACGCAGGUGAUUGUGGUGGUUGCUACGUUUAUAAGCCCAGCGUUUCACAGGCUGCCGUGUGAAGGUGAUAAUGAAGAUCACCAUCAGGAUGCCAAGCCUUGUAUUCGUGGUAGCGAUGGUGGUGGUGGUGCUGCUGUUGGUGCAACCGAGUCUUGCUCAUCAACUGGCAUGUCCAUGUCUGUUUAUGGCGUAGCAAGUCCUACUCCACUCAAUUGCCAGAUCUCUCCCCCUGAUGUUAUGCCUUGGGGCCCUUCCUCACGUCCUUAUUGAGAAGAAAAUGAACGAUAUGGGAGAAUCCCAACAUACCUUGUCUAGGUAGCUUAUGGUUUUACACCAUCAUCGAUCUUAAGCUCAUAGGAACUGUUUUGGGUGUGAGCUUUUCGGCAAUAUUCAUUUAUC